AUGCCUCCUUCAUCCUCGGCGUGCAGGCUAAGAAGCACCGUGGGUGCCCUCGAUUGUUCCCCUUCUGCUAUUCAGUCCACCCUCCCUGCAAAUGCGAACGUCAACUUCGCGUACGUGCUCCCGGCAAAUUCGACUUUUCAAGUUCCCCAGGGCGACACAGGAUAUCCGAUUAAACCAGUCGGCCUUCCAGCUGUAUGCGCUGUUUCAGUGCAGGUCUUGUCAGUCGGUAAUACGACUUUUGGAUUCGGCCUGUUUCUGCCUGAAAGUUGGAAUGGAAGAUUUCUGGCAGUCGGCAAUGGAGGGUUUGCUGGCGGUAUCAAUUGGCUCGAUAUGGGACCCGGCACUCGAUAUGGCUUUGCGACAAUGUCCACCGACACGGGUCACAAUUCGUCCUCUGCAGAUGGUGCUUGGGCAUACAAUCAACUAGACAAGCAGGAAAAUUGGGGUCAUCUUGCUAUGCAUGGCUCGGUCAUGAAUGCAAAAGCAAUCACCACAGCAUACUACGGAACGGCUAUAUCGUACAACUACUAUGCUGGGUGUUCCACCGGCGGCCGUCAAGGAUUGAAGGAAGCUGAGGCGUAUCCGGAUGAUUUUGAUGGUAUCAUUGCUGGAGCACCAGCGUGGUGGACUUCACAUCUCCAACCGUGGACCGUGAAAGUAGCAUUGUAUAACCUUCCCGCCACCGCAGACUACCAUAUACCGCCUUCCCUUUUCCCAACAAUUGGCGCCGAAGUGCUCAAGCAGUGCGAUCCGCAAGAUGGUUUGACCGACAAUAUCAUCUCUGACCCCUAUGGCUGCAAUUUCAGGCCUGAGGAGUUGUUGUGUAGUGCUAAUGUCACAAAUGGAACAACUGCCGGAUGUCUUACGUCACCUCAAAUCUCCACCCUCUACAAGAUCUACAGCGACUCCUUCGGGGAAAACCAAACCUCCCUCUUUCCGCACCUAAAUUUCGGCAGCGAAGGUCAAUGGCUUCUGCUUUCCGGAAAUUCCCCUAACGCACUCGGCACUGAUUUUGUUCGCUACUUCCUAGGCUUCGGCGCCGACUGGUCAUUCUAUAAUUUCAACGAAGGCAUUCAACGCCUCGCAGAUCAAGUCAACCCUGGAAACGCCACGGUAAAAUUCGACCUCUCAGCUUUCUAUGCUAAAGGCGGCAAAAUUCUGUCCUACCACGGUAUGAGCGACGGUCUGAUUCCCACUGGCUCGACUCCGUACUUCUACAACCACGUCUACCGCACGCUCAAACCUAAGGGUAUCGACCUUGAUAACUUCUACCGCUUCUUCCUUGUCCCAGGAAUGGGUCAUUGUUCUGGAACUUUUCCUAACAUGAAUGCGCCGUGGUAUUUUGCCGGGCCUAAUCAAGCGCAGGUUUUAGGACCAACUGUGUAUAGCGUGCCGGGAUUCAUGGACAAGGAGCAUGAUACAAUGCUGGCUAUGAUGGCGUGGGUGGAGAAUGGAACUGCGCCGGAACAGAUCGUUGGAACUAAGUAUGUGAACGAGACAACGCAUGACAAAGUAAUGAGGCAGCGACCACUGUGUAUGUAUCCGAGGCAGGCGAGGUACAAGGGCACGGGUGAUGAGAACGAUGCAAAUAGUUGGGAAUGUAAGAUGUUGUACUAG